AUGUUGUUAGAUCUUAUUUCUGAUUCUAACAAGCUGCAAAGUGGAAACAGAAGACAUCAAGUAUACUGUAUAAAUGCACUGCAGCAGAAACUGAAGUCAACCUUGAAUGGUGUAUGGGGCCUCCAAGGGGAGCAUUCUUGGAGCAACGGUGAAGUUGUCUCCGUGUGGCCAGAGACGAAUUUAGGAUUUUUCGAACAUGGGUGCACCAAGCAAUUCACAUUUACUCCACGCAACUAUCAAUUAGUGGAACAGGAUGUACAAGACAAUUUGAAUGAUCAAUCACCACCAAAUUCUCCAGAUGAUUCUCAAGCAGCAACUGAGCUGAUUGAUGAUCAAGAGGAGGAUGCUAUAUUCUUCGGGUAUUUUAAAACAAGAAUUCAUCGUGUUGUUGAAGGAAUAAAUAAUCAGACAGAAACUAAAGAGAUUUGUGCCAUAUGUCAACCGGAAUUUGAGCAUGAAGAGUCCAUUGGGAUUCUUGGGUGUGGACAUGAAUAUCAUAUAGGCAGCAUCAAACAAUGGUUGCUGAGGAAAAAAGAUUGUCCCAUGUGUCGAGCUUCUGUUUUUCCCUGA